AUAAAUCCAAAAACCCCCGUUCCUCCUCAGCCUCCCUCUUCCUUCCUCCGCUAUUGAUCCCAUUCCCCUCUCUGCCGCCUCCCAUCACCAGCGAGCCUCACCAUGCGUGCAUACCGCCUCCUUCCCUUCGCUCGCCGCCCCUGACCAGCUGACCUCACCUCCCCCUCUCUCUCCCUGUCGCCUGGUCCCCACCACCUUCCCCCUUUUCCCCUCGCCACCAAAUCUCCAAAUCCCCCAGGGAACAGGAGGGAAUUGGUUGGCUGAUCUAUCGGCCGAUCCGCCGCCGCCGGUCUCCCAAUCCGCCGCUGCCACCAUGUUCAACAAGAUCAUUAAGCGGGGUGCCCGCAAGGGCGCGCGCGGGGACGGGGCGGAGCCCGCCCCGCGCCCCGUGGCACCCUCGUCGUCCUCCGGUGGCGGAGGCGGCGCGGGGGGCUCCGCUCCUGUCACCGUCAACCACGCCUCCCGGGCCUCCGUGCCGUCGCCGUCCUCGCCGACCUCGCCGCACGUGGCGCCGGCCGCGUUUCCUGCGAACCCGGUGUCGUCGCACCCCUCGCCGCCGCUUCUCGAGCCGCUCCCGCUCCUUCGUGACGUCGCCGCCGCCGACCGCCCGGGUCUCCUCCUCCGAAAGCUCCGCCUCGUCGCCGCGCUCUUCGACUUCUCCGACUCGCUCAAGCACCCGCGGGAGAAGGAGGCCAAGCGCCAGGCGCUCCUCGAGCUCGUCGACUACGUGCAGGCCCCCGCGCAGGCCGCGGGAACCAACGCGCCCGCGCGCCUUCCGGACCACGUCCAGGAGGCGCUCAUCGCCGCUAUCUCCGCCAACAUUUUCCGCCCACUGCCCCCGGCGCUGCACGAGUCCGCCGCCGCGAUCGACCCUGGUGCCGCGCCCGACGAGGAGGAGGAGCCCUACCUCGACCCCGCCUGGCCGCACCUUCAGCUCGUCUAUGAGCUCCUGCUCCGGUACGUGGUGUCGUCGGACACCGACACCAAGGUUGCCAAGCGGUACGUGGACCACGCCUUCGUGCUCCGCCUCCUUGACCUUUUGGACUCUGAGGAUCCCCGCGAGCGCGAGUACCUCAAGACCGUGCUCCACCGCAUAUAUGGCAAGUUCAUGGUACACCGCCCCUUCAUCCGCAAGGCCAUCAACAAUGUGUUCUAUCGGUUCAUCUUCGAGACGCAGCGCCACAAUGGCAUAGGGGAGCUCCUUGAGAUCCUUGGAAGCAUCAUUAACGGCUUCGCCUUGCCAAUGAAGGAGGAGCACAAGCUUUUCCUUGCCCGUGUGCUCAUCCCAUUGCAUAAGCCCAAGUCUGUCGGGAUCUACCACCAGCAACUGUCAUAUUGCAUUGUCCAGUUUGUUGAGAAGGACUACAAACUAGCAGAUACAGUGAUCAGAGGGCUGCUCAAAUACUGGCCGGUCACAAAUUGCCAGAAGGAGGUGCUGUUUCUGGGGGAGCUUGAGGAAGUGCUCGAGGCGACACAGCCUGCCGAGUUCCAGCGGUGCAUGGUUCCGCUGUUUAAGCAGAUUGGGCGCUGCCUUAACAGUUUUCAUUUCCAGCGACGCCAUAUCGGCGUGGCGAUUUUCUGGCUCUCACCACGCCGCCGCCACGGCGCUAGCGGGUAUGGCGUCUGCAGCAGCUGCCGCCCCUACGCUCCUCGCCAUUGCCCAUGCGCUCCUCGUCGUCCGCCGUCGCCCCUGCUCUCCUCGUCGUCCGCCGUCGCCCCUGCUCUCCUCGUCGUCCGCCAUCGCCCCUGCGCUCCUCACCGUCCGCCGUUAUCCCUGCGGUCUGCGCCGUCACCCCUGCGGUCUGCGCCGUCUGCCGUCGCUCAGCGAGAUCCCUACUAUGCUACUCCGGCUAGCCUCUUAGGCCUGCCACUCCGCUCGCCUCUCCGCCCGGCGCCCACUACUGAGGAGUGAAGAAGAGCUGCCAGCUGCUGACUGCGUCUCUGCGAAAUAACAAGUGAGUGAAAUAAAUAGCAGAACAGCACUGUAUCAGUGUAGACUUCAUUGUUCAUUCUAGAUUCACCAGUUACAACCACAUUCUAGAAUACCAUCCACCCAUCAUGAACCAGGACCACUAACAGAGGCAUAUAUAGACUAAGUUACGACUGCAUUCUAGAUUCUGUGACAUAAUCAGAUCGUAUUGUUCAUUGUCAAGAUAAAGUUGCACCACUAUAAUGUGUGUAUUCGUCACGCUGAUGUGUGUAUGGUGUCGCCACACCGCCCGCCAUAGGUUCUGUAAAGUUGUGAAAGUGGUGGGUUGCUGUGCCUCGCCACGCUGCUGUAACAACUAUGGUUAAUAUGUUAGCUGAACUGGGAGAAAGUCAUGUGAGAAGUUAAAACAUGUGUGAGCUAAAAUAGUAUUAGCCUAUUAGGUCUGUUGCCGGUCAUAACAGGUUGAAGGACUUAAGAAACUGGCAGACUGGGAAUACAUACAUAAUGAAAGCUGUUUGACAG